AUAUUAUGAACGUGACUGUUGAUAAUCGUUGUGGUGACACUGAGGGUGAUAUUACUAAUGUCAGUAACAUCGAUAGUAAUGUAAUUGAUAAUGUUUGUAUUGUUGACGGCAAUGUUGGUAAUGCUAACAAUGAGUGUGAUAUUCAUGAUGAGACAAAGGAUGCAUUUUCAGUGUUGGUGGUCACCCCCAGUGCUGUACAGGGGGCUGUGGUACAAUCUCUGGGGGCUGAGCAAAGGGAUGGUCUGGAUAGGCCUGUCCCCUGCCCAGGCUCAGAAGAUUGUGCCUUGAUAAGUGCCCAGCCAUCGGCCUUGCAUAGGACUAGGCAGCCGGCUGGGACUUGUAGUUCCACGCCUCAGGCAGCACUGAAA